CCUUCUCUCUCUCUCUCUAUCAAAAUGAGAAGCCUAGAGUGUUAUCCUAGUUCUAUAGUGAGAGAGUGCUGGUAUCACUUUGGGUCUGAGUUCCGACUACCCUCCGGUGAUAUCCUAGGGAUCCUUCUGUGGACUUCACCGUGUUCUGGUAGUUCAGAGGUUCUUCUCUGGUGGGUUCUCUAGGUAGUCUGGUCUGGGCGUUCGGCUCCUAAACUGAGUGUUGAUACUGUUGCCCUUUCAUCUUCCAUAUUUUGACUCCUUGGUGGUGAAUGAUGAGCUAACCCUUGGGAUUUGGUGAUUGAGGUCUGAGCCGAUCCAGUGACAUAACAAAUUUGUUUGAGUAUGUUUUUUUUAUAAUCCAGGUGUCGGGGUCUUACGCUCCCAUAAUCCUGGAGUCUAUGAACUACCCUCCAAAGCCCCUAGACAGUUAAAUCCGAAUCUGAUCACAGUCAGCCCCGUCAGUACUGGCUCCAAAGGACGAAUCCAGCAGGACUUACAUCACCUUUCAUGCUGCUCCUCCCACCACACGAACCCGCUACCUCCAUUGCCAUCCUCUCCCUUCUCAGCCGCGACUCCGUGAAGGUAGGAAGAAUCAUUGGAAGCAAGACCUCUCUCAUCUCCCCUUGACGGGGAUUGAAUCCAAGACCUCCCACAAAGGAGAGACUUGGGGGUGGAUGGUCAUCCAAUGGACUACACCCACCUUUUGAGUAUGUCUCAAUCUAUGAUGCGCACACAUUCAAUCUAUGUUUGGCAUUCUUCGAAUUGGUCAGAAAUAGCUAAAAUUGAUGAGGGUGGGUUGUUAGAGCAAAUUUGAGUAAAUUCCUAUAUCAAAACUUCAAAUUAAACAUGCAAUAGUCACUUUCUUUUAUCUCCAUUCGUUGACUUUGACUUCCUACUCGUCGUUAACUUUAAGACUCAAUUCGGAGUAUAUUAUUUGAGCUCAAAAUGUCAAAACAUAUGCUAAAUCCAUGGUGAUGAAUGCUGAAAGUCUUUAAAUAGUGCGAUGACAUUUUAAAUAUCUUGAACGAAAAAAGUAGAAUGUUUUUGUAAUGUUAAUUGUUAGACGACUGCAAAGUACAAUACAAGAAAUUAAUUAAAGCUGGCACUCAAAAUUGGAAAUAUCGAUUUUUUUGAUAAUAAAAAAACAGGAAUAAUUCAAUGUUAAUUAUUUUUUUGUCUUCCCACGUAGGUGCCUAUGUACAUUUUGGGUCAGCUGGUUGGUUCAAUUCUUGCCAGUGGGACUUUGUAUGUGUUACUUGGUGUGAAGAGUGAGGCUUUCUUCGGAACCCUUCCCGCUGGUUCAGACAUCCAAUCUUUUAUUAUUGAAUUCAUAAUGUCUUUCCUCUUCAUGUUCGUCAUCUCUGGUGUUGCUACUGAUAACAGAGCUGUGAGUAAUUCAUAUUUUUUGCAAAAUGAUUUUUUGCUUAACUUGCAUGGCACAAUCACACAUUUUUAUGUCACGUCUUUCUGUUUGCCAAUGAUUUCUUUUUUAUUUUCCACAUGGAUAUGACACAAACUUUAAGAGUAGACCUCAUAUGUUGUUUGUAAAAUUAGGAAAAGGCCAUUUGUACAUUUUUUGUACAUAUUUGGUGUACACCACCUGUUUGCUUGUGUACACAGGCAGCUCAUUUUGAAGCUCCUAUGUACUCAUGCAACUAGACAGUGUGUACAACAAAAGUGUACAAAAAAAGUGUACAAUAGCAUGACUUGUAACUUUAUAGGUGAUAGGUGAAAUGAUUGAUCACAUAUCUUAAUUGGCUCUCAAACCUUAUCAAAACUUAGUAGUAUAAAGUUUUAUCUUAAAAGAUACUACCUCCGUCCCAUAAUUUACUUCCAAAAUAAAGUGGCACGCGGAUUAAGAAAGUGAGAAUUGUGUGGUGGAGAGUUGUGCAGAGGAGAGAGAAAUGCUGUGAACCACAAAUUCUAUGCCAAAAAAGGAAAGGGAAGUUCUUUUUGGGACGGACGAAAAGGGAAAGUUGGAAGUAUUUUCAGGGACGGAGGGAGUAAACAUGAUACGAGGAAUCGUUUAAUACUUUAUUUGUUGGUUUGUACUUUACACUAUUUGCGAUUAGGUUUUAACGCAAUUUAAGUUUAAAGACUAACUCUACUUUCAUUCAAGUUUAAAAACCACUAGCUGGUACAACGACUUACCACGCGCAGCAAAAAGUGUUCAUAUAGUUGUGACCAUAUAUGCAUUGGAGAAUCUUUACAUAAAUCCUGUGUAAUUUUCUCAUUUCCUCAUAUUCCAUGCAUGCUAAUUUGACUUACUUUUUGUCCUUGUAUUGAAAACAAAGAUCGGAGAGCUGGCAGGAAUUGCUAUUGGAAUGACAAUUCUCAUUAGUGUUCUUGUUGCAGGGCCUAUUUCUGGAGCAUCAAUGAACCCAGCAAGAAGUCUCGGGCCUGCAAUAGUGAUGCAUAAGUACAAGAGUAUAUGGGUUUAUAUCGUUGGCCCUAUAAUGGGAACCACAGCUGGUGGGUUCACUUAUAACCUCAUCAGGUUCACGGAAAAGCCCCUUAGAGAACUCACUAGAAGUGGAUCAUUCCUAAAAAGCUUAUCGAGAAAGGCCAGUACUUCAGCCCACUAGACUUUCUGCCGCCAUUAUUGAAAGUUGAAACUACAACUUAGAGGUGAGCAUAAAAACAGAACCAAACCUGCCUGUAAUGGUAUUGAACAGAAUAUUGGAUAUAUUAACGGUUCUAUAGAUUUGUAUCUUGAACCGAAACUUUACCGUUUGAAACGGGUACGGAUUCAGUCCUAGAUUUUGAGAAUCGAAAAUUACCGGACAAGACCGUUCAUAAAUAAUGCGUUAGAGUUUUUUACAUUUAUACUAUACGCCUAUACCAAUAAUUUUCUUAUUCAGACCAAUAGUACUUUAGCUCGAGUAUAUUCAUUCGUCC